AUGACAUCUAACGGAUCGUACAACCUAACCGUCGACGGUGAGCUUCGAUAUCUGGUUCAGUGGUUCGGGGAGUGGAGCGAUUUUCAACGCGAAGACUUUGUGCCGUAUCUCGUGUCCUAUCUGUCGUGCCAAAGUGGUGGCGGCACUUACGUUAAUGGGUUGAUCAGUGCCAUGGCUCAAAUAAACCCCGGUCAGGACAAACCUAUGAGUUUAUUCCAGUGUAGGGUCAAACUAUUUAACGAAUGGUCCGGUAAGUGGCCGGAAGAGUUUAAAUCGACACUACUUGAGCGGCUGGACCAGAUUGACAGUACAUUUGGCGCGCGGAUACGAGCAGAGAUGGAAGACAGUAGGAAGGCCGUGAAUGGUGCAGUUGAUGAAACUUCGGACGCGUCAGAUGUAAAGACGGAGGAAUCUGAAUCAUACCCCGCAAACGCCAGCAUCGACGCCACCUCGGUUACUGCUACUGCCAUUCUCAUUGCAGAUGAGGACUAGGGCAUGGUCGUAGGACAAGAUUUUUUUCAAUAUCAACAUUCCCCCUAAGUACCUUUACUCGGUGAUGUGAAAAACCGAUGUACAACACCACACAUCAUCAUGGCUAUGCCAUUUAUUUUGUUUAGCAGCUCUCGAACGAAAGCAGUUUGAUAUUUAUUAAUCAUGCUCCGUUAUAAAUAGCCAUUCCAGAAGUAGGGUUUAAUUCACACAGGUCGAUGUAGACUUGUUGUAACAGUAACACGUGCUGACUCCGAAUAAGUCAUUAUCGAAACUCACCAGGAAGAAUCUCACAGUUUUCGUAGCAUGCACCAAGUAUGGUUCCUCGUCUAUGUUAAGGACGACUUAUGCCGUUUUAAUAAUUCCCUGCAUACGCAGUAAACAUGGGUUUCGAUUGUAAAACCCGUUGUGAUCAUCAGUGAUCGUUCUACGCCCCUAAUCAUUCAUACGGCUGAAUUG